GUGAUAAUGAGUAAACAACCCAGCCGAGUGCGGCUGUAGCCACACAAAACAGUGUAUCCGAAAAACAAUGCGCAGUUUUCAGUGCCAUUAACACGGGGGUUUUACUUUGCGUACGGUUAGCGACACCAUUUUCUCCAUACCCACGUGGUGGUGUAAUGCUAAUUCGCCGUAAAGUUCCUCAACAAGAUAACUCCCGAUACACUGAGCUGUGAUGUUCCAGCCCUGGGAUUAAGGCCCGAUAAGCCUUACCUGAUCCUUGGUGUGAAGUUACCCUCUGCCCAUUAUCUGCUGUGCUGUUGUUGUGUUUGCGUUGCUGUUAUCAAACUCACCUCGCGGACUCUGUAGCGCUGGAUCACGAGCUUGCGCGCACAAGGUACUUGCUCCGCCAACGGUCGAACGAGUAAUGACCAACCGCAGAUUCCUGGACAAUGAUUGGAGGAUAGAAAAAUGUGUAAAUCAUCCCAUAGUUUCAACACCUUUCAACACACGCGCGAAGGUGGAAGGGAUCAGCGCUUAGUGCGGGCGGCGGUUGCGCCUUGGUGAUGAUUGGCGUAAUUUGCUUCAUUAUAGUUUUCCACUGCGAUGCCCUGGCAAUUGGAAUCAUUUUCAGUGUGAGUAACCCAUCAAAUCACCGUCACCGCUUGUCACCGUUCCAGCACCAUCACCAUCACCCUGCGGUAGUGUGAUUAAACGACACAUUGAGGUCCUAGGUCCGUCCACCGUCUUUAGGUCGUCACAUUCCCAGAGCUGGCCUUUCUGAUAGCCACUUUAAUGAGCGGAUGCGUAGUGGGAGUGAUGAAAUUAGAACCUCGCCUAUUGCCACAUUCCUAUUCUGUAUCGAGCCCACUAAGAAGAGGAGGAAAGUUUGAGGAAGGUUUUGAGCGCCCAACGCUUGCUUGGAUCGACUGUUCGGAAUUUGAAUUUAAAUGAAUGUUAGUUAGUACAGGUCCUGCUACACGGAACGUAAAUUUACGCGUAAAUUUACAAAUUAAUGCCAACACGUUUACGUUUGACGAGGAAAUUAAAAUCGUUUUGUGGAAAAAAAAGAUUGAACACACUAGCAAUGAUCACUCACUAUCGAUGUAAACCACAAAAAGAACAUAAUCGUAAAGAACCUGUAAUCGUUUGAAAGCAUGUAAACGGCAAGCGUAAACGGCAUUAAUUUUUACGUUUACGCUAGAGUUUACGCUCCGUGUAGCAGGGCCUUAUACCUUUAGGUGCAAUUUAACAGAAAACGCUUCAACGCUCGGAACGCUUGGAGAGCAAAUCGAAAAAAACUUGUUGAUUCUACAGCAAUUAUUUGAAAAACCGUAUAAGAGUUAGGUCAUCAUUGCACAAUAAUACACUACACGAAGAACUUACUAUCCACGUUAUUUAUUGAACAUUUUGAAGGGGCAUUUUAAGCCCUUUUAACUGUUCUAACACACGCACUAUCACUAGCUCCUUCGAAAUUGUUCGAAUUUAACCCUUAAAAAACGAUCCCGACUUUGAAACGAUCCACCGGAAUGGGUCAAGUUCCGGUACGUUCGGUUUGCUGAUGAGCGCCCCAUUCGCCGCCGUCGUCGUUUCGGAAGUUGAGGUUUCACCUAAAGGUGUGCCGGAAACCGCCCACACACAACAGAACACAAUCGCAAACCACAAGCAAUGGAACCAAAGAUCACGGCAGAUUCCACGGAGAGUCUUCAUCGUGUGCAGUCUACGAGAUGGUGCGCAGCCUGCAAUCGACUGUGAAACGUUGUUCGAAACAGAACUGCGUCUUUCCGUGUCGAUUCCUGAUAAGCCGCGGCUGGACGGGACUGAUUAUUCGUUUUCUCAUUCAUUCGUUUCUCCCUCCCAUUCUCUCUCUCUCUCUCUCUCUCUCUCUCUUGAUCUCCAAGCUUCAUGCUACUCUUCACAUCAAUCUGGACGAAAGGAACAAACAUUACAUUUCCGAAUGCACUGAUAACAGGACAUGCAGCGAGACAAUCAUUGGAACGAUGACGCAAACCAUCGAUAACGGGAUAGCGUUGCCCCGAUUGCCAUGGGGAUUCCGAUGAUGGAACACGAUUUUGAAUUCCUUCGUUUUCUGCUUAUCCUUUGCCUCUGGAGUAGUUUCAUCGUCUGGCAAAGUGUCCUGUUCCAGCCCCUGCUCCGGGACGUAGCGUUGCGCAAGCUCCUCUCCAAUCGGAACGAAUUCCACGUUCGGAUCAUCACCGAGGAGCAUCAAAUCGACGGGAUCUAAAUAAUCUUUAAGCUCGGGAGCUGGAUCGUAAAUCGGUCCGGCUAGUCGUUUCGGUCGUUGAGCACCAAAGCUACCCGAUUCUGUGGGACGUCUGCCUCUCGAUGGUGAUGAUGCUGGCGAAGCGGCAGAACUGCCAUCCUUUCGAUGCCCUUUGAACCGAGUAUCGCCGUACCGUCGAUAGUGAUACUGAGAGUACGCAUUCGGAACCGUGUCCGACGUGAAGAAGUCAUCUUCCCUCGGCGAAAGUCCAUAGUGUCGCCGAUGACUCGAUUUCUCGAGUUCGAAGGCGGAUUUCCAAUCCUUCCGUGGUGUCGAUCCGAACCGGGCACGCCACGUACGCUGUUGCCACUUUUGAACACGAUUCCGAACCUUUGCCUCCACUCCCGGGCCACCAUUCUCGGUCAGUUGGUAGUGAGAGAGGAGAAGGAGCAGGGAAAUCAAACAUCUAGUAGUAAUCAACAUCGCAAACUGCCAACACUGCACUGCGGCCACUCGUUUUCACUGGAAUGCUACCACUUGAUGCUGCGUCUACGGAUGCUGAGACGCAUCUGUACCUCAUCUCCUGGUUCCGAAGCAACGCUCUCGUGCCAACAAUAUGGGCGCGAAUAAUCGAUAAAGCUGAAGACAGUCUGGCGCCACGGAAGCACGACCGCAACCAGUCACGAAUGAACAGCAUUCUCAGCGGCCACAAUCGCAGAUGGUAAUCGGCAAUUCAAAACAAUUCCAGUGCAAUUCCAUCAACCACAAACUGGUUCUGUUGGUACAUGCUUAUUAUUAAAUCCCUCAAUCGGACCACCGGACACCGGACCCAGUAUAGAGCCAGUUCGCAAGUAGUUCACUGAGAAGUACUACUUUCAUUCUCCGUCGUUGAGAUCGUGUGCCUUGGCCCCUGCUAGGGACAUAGCUGAGAGUGUGCACUGGACGGGCUAACCGUCAGACCUGUGCGCUCUCCACACAGCUACUCUACAUACUGAUGCAAGCGCCCUUAACCUAGUAUCAUUGGCGCAAUCAUCUUGGUGGCCCGUUUGGCUUCGCAAGGCUCCGGAUUUCCGGAUUCCAUUUUACGUGCAGCAUAAUGGAGGUAGUACCAUCGGUACAUUCAUAGACGCUCGACCCUCAAGAAAGGUAUGAAGCAUGCAUGCAUGUAUGGUCGAUCGUUAGUGUCCGAUUUCAUCACGGCGAAGGUCGCGAAGGCGUGCCAACUGACUGGACUGGAGACUGGACUGGAAGGUAGCCCUGGCCGGUGGCAUGAAAAUCAAAACAAUCACCACCUCUCCGCCAAAGUCCACCAUCGGUUUCUUCCUUCUCCGCUCCAUCGCUCCCCCUCCCCUCCAAUCCGGUUGCGCGUAACACGAUCCAAAUGUCGAUCGGCGAGAAAAUCAGUUUCGUGACCGGUUUUUUGUUUUUGGUUGCAAAAGUCCGCCUCCGGCCAGCUGAACGGUGGUACUCCGGCGUCUCGGUCUUCGCGUUGCAGCGCUCCGGGGGUGCAACAGUGCCCGUAGUGUUCUUCUAGCGAUCGCCGCGAGUGGACCUAGCCAGCCGCCAACCCGACGACCGUACGAUGCGUUUUCCGUGGAGCUUUCUGAGGCCCUUCCCGCAGGUGGCCAUCAUCUGGUUGCUGAUCGCUUGCGGUUGCUGUGUGUUGCUCGGACAGGCCACCGGAGACGACGGGCAGGCGGUGCACGACUGGGACAUCCGGUCGCUGUACCGCGUACGGUUCCAGCACAUCACGAAGCGGCCACCAAAUCCUGUGCAUCCGCGAAUGGUUGAUCGUCGAUCGAAGUUGGCCACACGUUGGGCCGCGUUGAAAGAUCGAAUUGCCGAGUUUUUCCCAUCGCGCCACACGAACCCACGGACGGUGAUCACCUUCGAUCGACUGGCGACGGAUUUUGUGAACGUUGGUAUCGUGAAGCUGGCCAAGGUGUUGGAUCCUCCGAAGCCACCGAAGCGAGGCGGGAAAGGAAAAGCCGACAGUACGGUGGUACCUCCAACCGGGACAGAUGCCGAUGCAGAAACGGUCGCAUUGCCGGAUACCACAACCAAAGCGACUCCGGACGAUGCACGACCCAAGCGAAGAGUUACGCUGGUGAUGGAUUUGCCCGAUUUUCUUGGUGUGCAAGAGGACUCAGCGGAGGAGCAAUACGAGGAGGAAGAUCCGAAUGAUCUCGUUAUUGUGAAGCAAUCAAAACUCAAGCGCAGAACACCCGGUCUGCCAGCAACUCCAAUGAAGCUCAUCUGUGAGGAACCGUGUGCAGCCAGUGUUGCCAUGGCGGACCACGGUCCACCUAGAACGUUGAUUACGCUGACCUUAGCCGUAUCACUGCUGCUCUGCAGUGCGUUUCUGCGGAUGUGAUCGCCACCUCGCCAGCGAAUGGCAAUAGUUGAUAAGGCUUUCGAUUAGGCUACGCUGCAAUGUGUUUUCGCGAAUUCCGUGUGUCGCGCGAUUCCGUGCUGAAAAUUGGCCACAGGCCUCGCAUCUCGCAUUUUGUGGCCAGCUGUGCUAGUGUCCGGAUUGGCGCAGUGCGCAGAAGAACAUAAACCAUGCGCUUGUUGGUGGUGUUGAAUCUGGUGCUUCUAGUCCAAGUGUGCUUAGGAGGCGCGAUCGUUCCAGGCCCACGCGAAGACUCUUCCUCCUCCUCACACUCGUCCGACGGAUCUGGUGUGGCAUUGACUCGCCGUAAGCGUGGUUGGGGAUGGAGCAGUUCACCUUCAAACCAGGUCACUAAGCGUCCGAUCGGCUGGAGCUUUGGCGAUACGCAGGAGGUAACCGUUAAACCGAAGAAGACGAACCGGUACACCCAAAGUGCACGACGGACCACGGCUUCGCCUGCCUUCUAUCACAACGUGAAUGUGAAUGUCCACUAUGGUCGCCCAACCAAAAGCCUCGGCCGGGAGCUGGUCAAGGCUGCCCUGAUCGUCGGUGCGGCGGGAGCGGUUAAGGCAUACUCCAAACCGGCUACACCGGCCCCGAUGACCGCCAAGCAGCGGGCGGAAGCACGCGAGCGACGACGCCAGGAACGACUUGCGCGGCAUGGCAUCACCUCGACUCCGAUCGUACCGGUGACGGCCGCCGUCGUUGAAGGAACAGCAGCAACUACCGCCGUGCCGCUGGCCAACUCGGAGCUGAUUCCGGUGAUGAUGCAGGAUGAGAACAAGUUGCUCCAUAUCGUUUACGUGCCACGGGACAAGAUACCGCCCGGUGGUAUCCCGAUCGCUACCUCGGCACCAUUCCCUGGGAUUCCUGGAGCCGGAGGUCAGCUACCGCAAACAGCUCCACCUGUAUCCCCGCAACAGUCGCCAGUAGGGCCAGUAGGGCAACAGCCCGUCGCAGCUGCUGUAGUUCCUCAACUUCCGUAAUCAACGUGCCAUGCUGCUGCUGCUGUGGCUGCGGCUACGUGUCAUGCUCAUCCAAUCAGCCGUUGGGUGUGUUGGCACGUCGGAAGGCCAGAAGCGAACGAUUUCUCAAAUUAAUUGGUCGGUUAGUGGUUGGCGGGCUGCUACACAGUUAAAUGGUUCCCAAAAUGCUCCCCGAUCGCACGCAUAGGCAUGGUGCGACUUGGCUUUAAACUUUGGCCACCCUCAACCGCCACCUUGCUAAUGUGAAAGUGGCCCACCAAGUGGCAUGUUGCGGAGAUUGCGCCGACACACCAACAGCGAACCACCAAUAGCGGACUGCCGAUGCCGAUGGCGAUGACGCCGCACGAAUGCCGACCAUUAUUAUUGCAACCUUGAACACGGAAGGCAGACCCACCAUCAUCUAGCCGGAGUCCGGACCCGGGGGGGCCCGGGAUUGUUGUGCAGCAGCAACAGCAACAGCAGCAGCAACGCCUGCUGCGAUGUGAAAGGACCGCGUCGUUUAGUGCUAAGUCGCUGCCAGUGACUGCGUACCUUGAUAGCUGGAUAUGAAAAGAUUGGAAUUAUGCGUUUUUUGGAAAGAAAUUCGUUUCUGGGCUUCGUUCGGCGCCGCGGUAAGCUGGAGGCCAUGCGCAUCUUGGAGACCCCUAGGAGGUCGGUUGCUCCUUCUUCGGAACGUGCCAGCUUUCGCAACACCUUUUCGAUUAACUUUUUACGAGCGCCAGUAGCUGUAGCUGUGCAUUGAUCCCCCUUUUUUAUGGCUAUGAACCAAUGAGCACCAUUUGACUAGUUGUAAGACCCGACUCGCCGCUGUUUGUAUGUUUAAUGUGUUAAUAAAUCAAUAAACUCGUUAGAAAAUCUGUAAACAAUAAGCAUAAACACAAUUUUCUAUACUUGCCCUCUGACGUACUGUAGGUUAAACGCUCCGCGAUCAUGAGCACAUGUGCGCGAUGGAAAAUACCAUGCUGGCUUCCUCGCUUUUGGAUUGACAAGAGCGGUAGUAAACCUGGUGAUCCUGUAGGUUAUCACGGCGAACACGGCGUUGACCGCACGACAGGCACGAUGUCCGGGAUGCAGGUCCUUGGCCAAUUACUGAUAUUCCGAGAAGUGGGCUAAUCUCGGCGAGCGAGCGUCAGACGAGAAUUGAUAAGAACCUUCACCAUCCCACUGGCAGCAUUCCGUUUGCGUUUGCACGAAAUUGCGAGUCAUUCCGUAUCAAUUCCUUGUCAGGAUCGUAAGCAAGUGAGAUCGUCCUCUUGUCGACACCAACACCGCCCGCGUUGGAUUCGAUUCCGUGAACCGCGUAACCAGUUGAGCAAACCGCCCACUCUACCCCACCAUCGAGAUGCGCCUGACGGUGUUAAUUUGCCUUUAUCUCACCUUCCUCGAGGCGUCAGUGGGAAGUUUAAUCUAUCCCGAAAGAUCGAUCGUGCAGCUACUGGUGGACCAAAGUCGUGGGAUGGCGCUGAAAGGAGCUUCCACCAGCGGACAAUCAUCUUCAUCAUCAUCUGUCGAUACGCUUACCAAGAAUGGCCACGCUGCGUUGAAGGCUUCAGCAUUAGAGGUGAUCGAAGAACGUACCGAGGUCCCAUUGAAGAAGCAGAAACGGAGACCGGCCACCAAGAAAACUGCCAAGAGACUGAUUCACCAUCGCGGCUCGGUACGGCCGCGACCAGGGAAAACAUGAGGAGUGAUUGUACCUUUAUCGCUCGAAAUUAGUGUUUUUAGGAUCAUCGGAAACGGAGAGCAUCAGUCUCUCGCUUUACCAACAGGAGGAAUUUAGAUUAAGCUUCAUGAGUAAACAUAAUGCAAGUUUAGCAAUAAAAUAUAACCACUUGC